CGUCUUUAACGGUUUCGUGGCCGUGCGACUAGACGAGUCGCGCUGCAGGAGUCUCUACCACUCUUUCGCGGCUUUCUCGGUUGUGAGAAUCGUUUCUUUAUCAGCAGGUGCGACCGCGACGUAAAGCACGAUGUUGUCCUGGGUGCAGGAGGCAGUGAAAAUGAAUCCGUUCUCGUCGCCGUUCACGACGGCCAAGUGUCAGGCACUUCAAGAGGACGGUGCGCGGCCGCUUGUUCCAAAUCGGAACAUCGCCGCCGCUGCCAUUGCAGAGGGUGAUAGCUGUGAAUUCGGGUCAAAUCACUAUUUCUUGCUAUGUGGUCUCGGAGAUUUGUCCUGUGGUAUCACUCAUACCAUGGUCACCCCCUUAGAUUUAGUCAAAUGCCGGAUUCAAGUGGACCCACAGAAAUACAAAUCAGUGUUCAAUGGAUUCCGGGUAACUUUAGCCGAAGACGGCACCCGGGGAUUGGUUAGAGGCUGGGCGCCUACCUUCUUCGGCUAUUCCAUUCAAGGAAUGUUCAAAUUCGGACUUUACGAAGUCUUUAAGGUUCAAUAUUCGGCGAUAGCUGGUGAGGAACUUGCUUACGAAUACAGAACUACUCUGUACUUGAUAUCGUCGGCCUCUGCGGAAUUCUUCGCGGAUAUUGGCUUAGCGCCAUUCGAAGCUGCUAAGGUCAAGAUACAAACCACACCAGGAUUUGCCAACACUUUGCGGCAGGCAAUGCCGAAGAUAUCCGCAGAGGAGGGUGUUUCCGGCUUCUACAAAGGCCUGGUGCCGUUGUGGCUGCGUCAAAUCCCGUACACGAUGAUGAAAUUCGCCUGCUUCGAGCGUACCGUCGAGCUUCUGUAUAAAUACGUAGUACCUAAGCCCAGAGCAGAUUGUACCAAAGGCGAACAAUUGAUAGUCACUUUCGCUGCUGGAUACAUUGCCGGUGUAUUCUGCGCCGUCGUAUCUCAUCCUGCUGACUCGGUGGUGUCGAAGUUAAAUCAAGAGAAAGGAGCAUCCGCGGGUGACGUCUUGAGAAAACUCGGCUUCGCCGGCGUGUGGAAGGGUCUGGGACCGAGGAUCGUGAUGAUCGGUACUCUGACCGCGGCGCAAUGGUUCAUCUACGACGCCGUGAAGGUCUCGUUGCGCAUGCCCCGUCCGCCACCACCCGAGAUGCCGGAAUCGCUCAAGAAGAAGUACGGUCUGGCGUAAAGCGUCACGACGGCAAGACGUUUAUGUUACCGAUCGGAUCGUCGCUCGACCCGCUCGGUUAGAGAAUGAAACGUAUAAAACAAUUUGAUCUUCGUGCCGUACAUUAUUGAACAAUGGUGUACCGCCACUUAUUUUUGAGUAUUUAUUCUGCAACCUUGUACAUCGGUAAAUCAACGGGCGACACUGCCGCAGAAUUAGAGAGAAAAAAAAAAAAUCUUACGAAUAGGAGACAUAGCAUGUUAAUUUGCCGAUUCCGUAACUAUCAGAGGCACAGUAAAUCUAAUCUAACUUGUAACAGCGGAUUACCCUGGCUUCGGUAAUCAUAAGCUGUCACAUUGUACAUAGGGUGAUCACUGUAAAUAAACAGGCCGAUUGCUCGCUUA